UCAGGUUAGGAAGCUAGCAAGUAAGCUAAGCUAGCGUCACGCUAGGCCUCCGGCAGACCAGCGGGAGAGCUACCAAGAUCAAACACUGCUAUUCGGAAGGAAAGAAUUAUCUCUGUAUGAAUCUGCAUGAGAACAAUUAAAAUCCCAGAAAUAUGGUGGUUCUCAAAAUUCGAGACCAGCCUGCUUUGCUGAAAGCCAUUUUCAAUGUUGAUCCAGAUGAAGUACGCUCGCUCAUAUUCAAAAAAGAGGAUGUGAACGCACAGGACAAUGAGAAGCGAACACCAUUACAUGCUGCUGCCUAUCUGGGAGAUGCAGAAAUCAUAGAGCUGCUGAUUCUUUCAGGUGCCAGAGUAAAUGCCAAAGAUAACAAGUGGCUCACUCCUCUGCACCGCGCUGUGGCCUCCUGCAGUGAGGAGGCUGUUCAGGUGUUGCUGAAACACUCUGCAGACGUAAACGCUCGAGACAAGAACUGGCAGACUCCUCUUCACAUUGCCGCAGCAAAUAAGGCAGUCCGUUGCGCAGAAGCCCUUGUCCCACUGCUCAGCAAUGUGAAUGUUUCAGAUAGAGCAGGCCGGACCGCGCUGCACCAUGCGGCCUUCAGCGGUCACUUAGAGAUGGUGAGGCUCUUGCUCUCCAGAGGAGCAAACAUCAAUGCCUUUGACAAGAGGGAUCGCCGUGCAAUCCACUGGGCCGCCUACAUGGGGCACAUAGAAGUAGUUAAGCUGCUGGCGUCUCACGGAGCUGAGGUGGCCUGUAAAGAUAAGAAAUCUUACACCCCCUUACAUGCAGCAGCCUCCAGUGGGAUGAUCAGUGUUGUUAAAUACCUCCUGGACUUAGGGGUGGAUAUAAACGAGCCCAAUGCAUACGGAAACACACCUCUACAUGUGGCCUGUUACAACGGGCAGGAUGUGGUUGUGAAUGAACUCAUUGAAUGUGGAGCCAACGUCAACCAGGUGAACGAGAAGGGCUUCGCACCUCUCCACUUUACCGCCGCCUCCCGCCACGGGGCAUUAUGUCUGGAGCUGCUGGUUUGCAAUGGGGCUGAUGUCAACAUCAAGAGUAAAGAUGGAAAGACUCCCCUCCACAUGACAGCUAUCCACGGGAGGUUUUCUAGAUCUCAAGCAAUCAUCGAGAAUGGUGCUGAGAUAGACUGUGAAGAUAAGAAUGGAAACACACCACUGCACAUUGCAGCUCGAUAUGGACACGAGCUGCUCAUCAACACCCUCAUCACCAACAGAGCUGACACAGCCAAACGAGGGGUUCAUGGUAUGUUUCCACUACAUUUGGCUGCUCUCAGUGGAUUCUCUGACUGCUGCCGGAAACUUUUGUCUUCAGGAUUUGAUAUUGAUACUCCUGAUGACUUUGGAAGGACUUGUUUACAUGCUGCAGCUGCUGGAGGAAAUCUGGAAUGUCUCAAUCUCCUCCUCAACACGGGGGCAGACUUUAACAGAAAGGACAGCUUUGGCAGGACCCCUCUGCACUAUGCAGCUGCCAACUGUAACUACCAGUGCCUAUUUGCUCUGGUAGGCUCUGGGGCCAGUGUCAAUGAUCUAGACGAGCGGGGCUGCACUCCUCUUCAUUACGCUGCUGCCUCAGACACAGACGGAAAGUGCCUGGAAUAUUUACUGCGUAAUGAUGCAAAUCCAGGGAUCCGGGACAAUCAGGGCUACAAUGCUGUGCACUAUGCCUCUGCAUACGGACAUCGCCUCUGUCUGGAGCUGAUUGCAAGUGAAACACCACUGGAUGUGUUGAUGGAAACCUCAGGGACAGACAUCCUGAAUGACUCUGAUGUCAGAGCCCCUGUCAGCCCCUUGCACCUUGCUGCAUACCACGGUCACCACCAGGCUAUGGAGGUUCUGGUUCAAUCCCUGUUGGAUCUGGAUGUAAGAAAUUCCCAAGGGCGUACACCUCUAGACCUUGCUGCCUUUAAGGGCCAUGUUGAGUGUGUGGACGUCCUAAUAAACCAGGGAGCCUCCAUCCUGGUCAAAGACUUCACCCUGAAAAGAACCCCCAUCCAUGCUGCAGCUACUAACGGUCACUCAGAAUGUUUGCGUUUGCUAAUUGGAAAUGCUGAUCUUCAAAGUGCAGUCGACAUUCAAGAUGGCAAUGGACAAACCCCAUUGAUGCUGUCAGUCCUGAGUGGACACACAGAUUGUGUGUAUUCUCUUUUAAAUAAGGGAGCAAAUGUAGAAGCCAAAGAUAAGUGGGGUCGGACAGCCCUGCAUAGAGGGGCGGUGACCGGCCACGAGGAAUGUGUGGAGGCCUUGCUUCAGCACAGCGCCAACUUCCUGGUGCGAGACUGUAAAGGGCGCACACCGAUUCACCUGGCAUCAGCAUGUGGACACAUUGGGGUACUGGGAGGCCUGCUGCAUGCUGCCCAAUCAGUGGAAACACUCCCUGUCUUAACAGACAACCAAGGCUACACUCCACUGCACUGGGCCUGCUACAAUGGUCACGAUACGUGUGUGGAGGUUUUGCUGGAACAAGAGGUUUUUCACAAGGCUCAAGGCAAUUCUUUUAGCCCCCUCCACUGUGCUGUAAUCCAUGACAACGAAGGUGCUGCUGAGAUGCUGAUAGACACUCUGGGCCCUGCCAUUGUCAAUGCCAAAGACGGUAAAACCAGGACCCCGCUACAUGCAGCAGCCUUCACCGACCAUGUCGAGUGUCUCCAGCUGCUGCUGAGCCACAAUGCUCAGGUGAACAGUGUGGAUGCUGCUGGGAAGACUCCACUCAUGAUGGCUGCUGAAAAUGGCCAGACAAACGCUGUUGAACUGUUGGUGAGCAGUGCAAAAGCAGAUCUCACGCUGCAGGAUGCUGUAAAGAACACUGCUCUUCAUCUCGCCUGCAGUAAGGGACAUGAAACCAGUGCCUUGUUGAUAUUAGAAAAGAUUGCAGACAGAAACCUCAUAAACGCCACUAACGCCGCCUUACAGACGCCUCUACAUGUGGCUGCAAGAAACGGUUUAACUGUGGUGGUACAAGAGCUGCUUGCAAAGGGAGCCAGUGUACUUGCAGUCGAUGAAAAUGGUUACACACCCGCCUUGGCUUGUGCCCCCAACAAAGAUGUUGCAGACUGCCUCGCCCUCAUCCUGGCCACCAUGAUGCCUGUAUCCCCCUGCACCCCAGCACCUACCAUCCCCUUCAGUGCCAUUAACCACUUCACCACCAGCCCCUCCAAGAGCGUCACCUUCGACAGCCUGCCCGUUUUGCGUGGUGAGCACAGCUCCUACUGCAGCUUCAACAACAUCGGCCACCAUGACGGCUUCUAUAAGGACGAGGAGCUCAACGACUCUGAUUCAGAGACAUACUGACAGACAGGAGGGAGCGACAGAAGCAGAAACACACAUUGUGUCUUAAAUAUUAACCCACCACCAGCUUUGGAGGUAGGGUAGAGGAUGAGAAAAGCCCCCACUGGAGCCUUAAGAGACCCCCCGCCAUCAGAGAGCAAAAGAUGGAGAAGGUGCUGAAGGCUGGCCCGCACUCAUCCUGACCUCAUCCAGCACCAGGUGUCCUUCAGCCAAUACUGGACCUCAGUAAGCGCUGCUGUACCAACACUGACUUCUUGAGUGCUUCAAAGUGUACUUGUUGGGCGGACAGCGACUUUUGUGCAGCAAUAACAUGCUGGAGAGCGAAGGUAGCACUUAAGAGAGCUAAACCGACAGGGACCAAAAGACAAGAAUGCAUUUCAAUACAGUUUUAAUGGUGUAAAUGAGAUUUCUUUGGGUUUAUUGGUAAGCUGAAGGGGCAGCCCUUGUUUUUCAUUCUGAAAUUUCUUAAGUCAGACAACUUUGAAAUCCGCACACUACAACUGUAAGAAUGAAGUUCAAGUCUGUAGAGAGCGUAAAGUCAUUUAUUUUUUGAGAUACAAAUUUUAUUAAACUCAUGAUCACGUGUUAAACUCCUUCCCUGAAAAAAAUCUAAUCCAUCAGCCUGUGUGACAUUUGAUAAUUACACCAGGCUAUUUUAAGUUGAUCAAGCUAACCUUUGUAUAUUGACCUGUCCAUUACGGUUUAGUCUUUCAAGAAUAAAUUAUUUGUGUACUUUGGGUUCCUA